AGGCGUUUUCACGUUUUAAUAAGAUGUAGACGGUCUUAUAAAAAAUAUAUAUUAGCCUAUAUAUUUAUAUAACAAAACCUAAUGUUGUGUAAUAUAUUGAAUUUCUCAAUCAAAAAACCUGUUACAUUAUAGUUGUAACUGAAUUAAUAACCAUAGUGUUUUGUAUGCGACGUACUCUGAACAAUUAAUCUUUUUAUAAUGCUACUGUACCUUUCAUUGAAGUUUUUCAGUUUUUCAUUGCUUUGGUGUAAACAGGAAAAAAUAAAUGACAUUUAGUUUUAUUAAGACAUAUCUCCGUAUUUUAUCUAAUAUAAAGUAACCUAAAAUUUAUUGUACAAUCAAAUAAAACAUCCAAAAGUACUGUAACCUCUGCUUUAUCUCAUUGCCCGGUCAGUCGAUAACGCGGUUACAAACAUCAGUCAGUCCAGCCUCUCCCGAAGACGACGGUCGGUAUGGUCGCUAUCAGAAUAUUUGUAGUGUGCACACUCAUCCCCACGAUACUAUCACAAUGUACUGUGGAAAAGGCUGAACCGCUGUUCAGGAGAUCAGUCUACGAGUUCUCCGUCGAUCUGUUGUCAAGAAUCGCUUUAGAGAAGGAUAAUCACUUCGUGACAUCAACGUUUUCUAUAUGGGUGCUGCUCUCCUGCGCCUCGCUAGGAGCUUCAGGCGGGACCUUGAAUGAAUUGAAACAAGUGUUACAGUUGAAUGAAAACAAAUGCUUCAACAACAAGUACAUGAAACUAGCUAGCACAGUGACCACCAACAACGAUACUGGUGUCAUAUUAGAACGCAGUGCCUUGAUAUUUGUAGAUAAAACAAUAUCAUUAUCAGAUUUCUACAAAGCCAGGCUAGGUAUGACAUCGAUAGCUGACGUUGAAACGGCGUCCUUUGACAAUCCGGAUGUAGUUGCGUAUGUCAUAAACGAGUACGUGAGACGAGCUACUCAUGACACUAUAGAAGAUAUAAUAACGCCAGCAGAUCUGGAGAACUCUCUCAUUGUGAUGCUGGACGCCAUUUUCUUCAAGGGUAUCUGGAAGAAACAAUUCUCUGUGGAAGACACUGAAGUCAGCGCGUUCUACAACGACCUGGGAGAUUCCAUCGGCGAUGUCAACCUCAUGUUCAUUAGUUCACAGUUCAAAGUCGGCAUAAUCAAACAGAUCGACGCCCAGAUAUUAGAACUACCCUACGGAAACAGCGACAGAUAUUCCAUGAUCCUCUUCCUUCCACUGGACGGCGUGCCCCUGUACAACGUCAUCAGCAACCUCAAGUCUAUCAAUUUAGCUUCAAUAAAGAACUUCUUAAAGAACGAUCCUAUAACAGUACAGGUUCAAAUCCCGCGUUUCGAGAUUUCCUCGGACCUGAAUAACCUGAAGGAGCUUAUGAUCGAUAUGGGCUUGAAAGCCAUGUUUGAAGACCGUGCAGACUUCUCAUUUAUGUCAGAUUUCCCUCUACACAUAUCUAAUUUUAUACAGAAAGCUCACAUAGAGGUUACCGAAGAAGGUACGGUGUCAAGUGCAUCGACACUAGACGACUUCUCAUUCAGGAGUAUGCCUUACCAGUUCAUAGCCAACAAACCAUUCCUAUACAUGAUCGUUGAUAAACAGGUUGAAGUACCCCUCUUCAUGGGCGCCUACUCGAAGCCUUCCUUGUAUUAAUUGUAAUUAGUUCUACAGGUCUAAGUUUAUUUUAUAAUCUAUUGUUACUGCACCAGAAAUUUGACAUUUUCGUUGAUAAAUCACUGACUUAUUCUAAUUCUUCUAAGUAACAAACAAUUUGUUAAUUAUAUCAAGGUUUUCUUUA